AGCAAUUGCAGUUUUGUAGACUGAUAGUAAUUAAUUACUGAACUUACUCAAAAGCACAUCCAAAAUGUUUCUUUAAAGGCAUACUGAUACUUGAGCUGUUUUGGUAUUCAGAUUAAUUACCUCUUGGGAAGAGAAAAGGAAGUGUAAAUGUGUAAGCACGUCUGAGAAUUUUUUGUGUAAAGUUAUGGCUUGGGCCCGCUGGCUUCCCCCAAAAUAUUUGCAUGAUUCAAGGCUGAUCUCUGCAGCCAUUUGACUGAAAGAAAACAUUUUAAUUGCAAUCGUAGUCAUUUGGAGUAGUAAGAACUUGCAAAAAUGUAAGCCACCUCAUCAGGAAGCAGAAACACGAGACACAGUUUACCAGUAGAAGUUUGAUUAGCAAAUGAGGUGUCACUGGCUGGCUGCCCCACUAUGCAGUGUGUGAGCCACCCGUGGGCUGAGGGUUUGACUGGUUUCGGCAAUAUGAUCACAACCCACAGAAAAAAGGGAAACACAGGAGCAACAAUGACAAAGCAAAAAUGCACAAAAACAAUGGCUCAAACCAGCUGUGUCACCUAUUUUAAUGUCAUCUCAAGUGAGGAUGGAGACGAAGGCGUGUGCUUGUGGGACAGCAGGCCUGUCUUUCCUAGGGACAGGCCUGGGAAGGGAUCAUGGACCUCUGGAGAUGGGGGCAACCUCAAUGGAAGAAAGGGGAGACCAAAGCUCUGCUUUUUCUCUGAGGCAACAUAUGACCUAGGUCCUGGGUCUGGCCCUUGGCUUGCUCUGGUCUCCUUAACUUAGAAAAAGAGUUGUUACAGCAGCAUCAGCAACUCCUGGGUGUCAACUGACUUACACGAAGGGUGCCGAGCUCUAACUGGGUCCUCUGAGUUGGGGACAUUUGCACUACUGAUUGCAGCAUGACUACUGACCCGAACUCCUUUCCUAGAGCUCAGGUCAGGACCAGGGUGGCCUUUCAUCCUGCAACUCACAGGCACUACUCAGCUGGCUUAGAAAUCUGUGUUUGCAUUUAGGCACUUGUGAAAACCCAACCUUAUAGAAAAGGUGCUUGUGAAAAACCCAUUCCCCCUGUCUGUCUAGCAGCCCAGCCGGGAAAUUGUCAGUUUCUGACUCUGACGUUUGUUGUCAUGUCCCCCAAAAAUUUUGUUAUUCAGCUGAUUGUCAGAGGGGCAGGAAGUUUUUUCAACUACUCUUACUGUAGUUGAAGGGUGUGGGAAUGUCCCUAGAGUAAGAGUGCAGUGAAUAAAAAGGGGGAAGUCACACUCGAGGCAUCAGUCGCUCUUUCAUCCCACUGAGCGUACAGCUGAGAUGAUGAUGGUCGCUUGCCUGCUCCUCUCCAGCAUCUGGGCCGUUACAUCAGCCUCUGUGCAGGUGAUGAACAGAAGAGUCCAGUCGGUCCAGGCAGGAGGAAACGUUACUUUUUCAUGCCAGUCAGUCACAAAAGAAGAUGUGAUACAGGUGACCUGGCAGAAGGAGACGGAUGGGCCUGAAGACAACAUAGCGACUUACAGUACAAUGAACGGCCAGAAGAUAGCCAAGGGCUAUGUCAGCCACGUGAGCUUCGCCCACAGCGAGUUACAAGCCUCAGCCAUCUCCCUUCAUGGAGUCACCCUCCAAGACGAAGGAUGCUACAAAUGCAUCUUCAACACGUUUCCCUCCGGGGCUGUCACUGGCAGGAUGUGUCUCAAGGUUUACGCCAUCUCGGACCCCAAAGUGGAAGCUAAACUUAUACCCAAUCCAGACAAAGCUGAGGACUCUGAGAAAGUGGUGGGGAUAAGCUGCUCAGCAACAGGGAAACCAGCUCCAAAAAUAACCUGGCACCUUCCCAGCAUCCUGCAGCAGAAGCCAAGGGAAUAUCACAUCAAGUUCAGCAACCAGACCGUGACUGUUAUCAGCAAUUUCACCCACACCCCCUCCAAAAUCCUUCAUGAGUACCCCAUCGCCUGCGUGAUCCAACACCCUUCUCUAAAUGUGACCCUGGUCCUGCCCACGGACAGCCUGGAGCAAGGUCCGGACAGCACCGUGGCACCCACUAUUGCCAUUGUAGUGGGAGUACUGGUUCCCCUGACUUCCCUCCUCCUUCUCACCUGUCUCCUCUGCCACUGCCUCAGGCACUCACGUGACCCGGAGAGAAACCCAGCCUGGCCAUGCUGGGUACUUCCUGCCUGUAGCAAGGCCAAGAAGUGCAGGCAGUAUGGAGCUGCAGGCAGGUGGGAUCCUGUGGUGUCCCCCAGCCCAAGUGCACCACUGAACACCUGAGAAACUACCCACACUACACAUGCAAGAGGGAAACUCUUACAACAGCACCUCAAGCUUCCAAGCAAACCUGCUGUGACUCUUUCCAAGAGUAACACAGAAAAGGACAAUUUAUAAUAGAUAUUUAUUUAUUUUGUUACACUAUAAUAUUCCAUUUUGUAGGAAAAAAGAUGUAAAGUAUUUAUUUGAGAUUCAGGCUGGCUGUGU